AUGAUAUUCGCAAACACAGUUGGUGGAGUGGCGGCUUCCUUACCCGUUGUCUCGAGCAAACUUGUCAUGAGACAAGCAUUUGUGUAUACAAGAAGCAAUUUAACUCCAACCAUACUAGGGAGAAAAUUUGUGACAACAAGAAGGCAGAGUGCAGUUGAAACAGUCGAAAUAAAGCAUAAGGAGACCGCUUUAAAAGAAAGCAAAAAGAGGAAUACAAGGAAAGGGGAGGACUCGAGAAAAACAUAUUUAUUAGACGUGUACAAGUAUUUCUGGAAUAAUAAUGAUAUAGUUUUAUUUGCACACCACAACAACCUAUUGGCGUCGGAAAAUGAACAGAUAAGAAGGCAGCUACACAAAGUGGGCAAAGAUAUUCAGAUAAGGAAGCUCAAGACGAAAGUUUUCCGAUACUUUCUCAGAGCUUCGACGUUUGAUGAUCCGGCUUCAAAAGCCACAUGGAGAAAAGUUAAACGGAAGAAAAUAAGACAUCCUCUGGAAGCACUCUUGAAAGGACCAACGGCUCUGAUUCUGAUAAAAUCCUUGGAUCCUAAAGCUCUGAAAGGAGUGUGGAAAGUACUUAAGAAGCAGAAUGACAAGCUUUUUUUGUUGGGAGGAAGAAUUGGCCAAGAAUUGGUUGACCUGGACGGAAUAAACAAGUUCAAAGAGCUUUCUUCAUUGCCAGAGCUUCGUGCACAGCUUGUUGGCUUGCUUGCAAUGUCUUCUGGUGCAGGUAUUGUUAAAACUUUACAGUCUGCUUCUUCUGGAUUGGCAAUGACCUUGGAAUCACGUAGAAACCAGCUUGAAGAUAAGAAUAAGGAGCAAGAGAAGGAGUAG